CGCUGACAUCCCCCGAAAAGAUAUAGCGUCAAAUACAUACGAAAACCCGUAUAAAUAUACGUAGUGGAAGGGUAGAUGGGCUUUCUUUCUAUAAGACUGUUGUUUUGGUCAGAGGGAGGGAGGAUUUUGGUAUUGGCCCACUUGGGCAGUGGUGUUGAUGGAGGGUGGGAGAGUAGAAGCAGGGCCCUCUGCUUCUUGGGUUUGUAGAGAGAUGAUUUCUGAUGACAGAAAUGGAGUUUCAGAGAAGAAAGAGAAAGGUGGUGGUGAUGAAGAUGUUGUGGUGGUGAUGGAAGAAGAAGAAGAAGAAGGUGAUGAUGGGAAUGCUGCUGGUUUUGUUCCUGGCCCUUUGAUUCCUCUCAAAGAACAGCUGGAGAAAGACAAGGAAGAUGAGAGUUUAAAGAGGUGGAAGGAGAAGCUUCUUGGUUUUGUUGAAGGAGAUUUAAAUGACCAAAUGGAACCUGAAGUUACAUUCCAUUCCUUAGGAAUAGUAACUGAGGACUCUGCCGAGAUAAAUACACCCUUACCGGUCAAUGAGAAUCGGAAGAGUGUCUUGUUUACUCUCAAGGAAGGAUCUCCGUAUUGUCUCAAGUUGACAUUCACCGUCUCGCACAAUAUCGUCUCUGGCUUAACCUAUUCAAACACAGUAUGGAAGGGGGGGCUUCAAGUUGAUCAAUGCAAAGGCAUGUUGGGUACCUUUGCUCCACAGCGGGAUCCCUAUAUUCAUACCCUGGAAGAGGAGACAACUCCGUCUGGUUUGCUUGCUAGAGGAAUUUACGUGGCGAAGCUUAAGUUUGAAGAUGAUGACAGAAGAUGUUAUCUGGAACUUGAUUAUUCCUUCGAGAUCAAGAAGCGCCGCUGAUGAAGCGCCGACGCAGGGACUCUGAGCUGUUUUUUUAACUUUUCAUUACAUGAACUAUUACGAAGGAGAGAUGGAUUGUGAGAAUGUGAGUCACGUUGUUCAUAAAAAUAUAAUGUGAAGGAGAGAUGGACAGAGAAUUUUAGCAAAUCACAUUGUUCAUGAAAAUACAAUUUAAAUGUCUGUUUAGCACGCCACACGUUUAUUGGUACUUUGUUGCCGUUGCCUUAGCAGCAGGCAUUUAAUAACAUAGAUUCCUUUGAAUUAUCACAAAUAUUCAA